GCCAAAAACUAAGUUGAAGUUAUAGCAUUUGUCUAAAUUAAAAGACCAAGACUGCUGAUUAACAUCUAAUGAUUCCGCGAAGCAAUGAGGGAAAAUGACAUUUUCGUCUAGUAGUUAACCAAACCUUGUAUAUAAAUAGUGGUCACACUCUCACACUUCAAAACUCAUAAGUAUAGCCAAAUUACAUCAACCUGAGUUAACAUAUAUUUAAUCAGAAACAAAAUGAUGAACAGCAGGCGUCACACCAUCGUCCCCGUCUCCUCUCCAACUUUACACGGAAUGGAAAUGCAAGCCGCCGGCGCCGCCAGCUCGGCGGACAGCGGGAAGAACACGAGCAUCCACGUGACGGCCCUCGACGGCAUAGUGAACGUCAACUCACUCUUCACCAUGGCGACGUUCAUCGGGUUUUCCAUGACCGUCCCACAGAACUCCACCACCGCGUCAAGCGCAGCGUGCACCACCAGCGCCGAGACGGUGAGGCGGCUCAUCGUCUUCGAAGUCCUCUCCUUCAGCUUCUUCCUCUUCUCAUCCCUCGUGGCUCAGAGCUUGAAGCUUCAGAUCAACCUCCGCAACAACAUGGACCCCACCGAUCCUCACAGAGCCGACAUCAACGUCGACCACCUCAAAUACUGCCUCUUCGCCUCCGCCGUCGGAUCGGUGCUGGGCUGCACGUUCCUCACAAUGUCGGUCGUGGAUUUUAUAAGGGUGAAAUUGGGGUCGCUGUCGUGCGGCGGCGAGCCGGUUUACGCGGUGGUGACGCUGGUUAUUUUUGUGGGGUCGGGGCUGCUGAUUUAUGUGAUCACUGCUGCUCGUGCUGCUUUCUUUGUGCAAAUUCAACCCCCGGCUGCUGCUGCUGAUUCUCAGCAGAAUCUGCAGACCUAGCUAGUUGACUAUUUCUUUCUGCAAUAUUUAGGGGUUUUUUAAGCCAAUAAUGUGUAGUUUUAAUUGUAUUAUAUUGGCUUUCCACUUUCAUGUAUUGGCUAAUCCCCUUGCAAUUAUGUUAAUCGUUGUUAUCCCGUUAUUAUCAA